AUGGAACCCAGCUCACUUUGGAGAGGUAUGCUUCCCAAACCGGUCGCUGAUGAUCUCCGCCAAGGUCUUACUUGUCAAGCUCAGAGCUAUUCUAAUGCAACUGUUUAUUUCAGUGACAUUGUGGGCUUCACGUCAUUGUCUGGGGCCAGCACACCUCACCAAGUGGUCAACUUCCUUAACAAGCUGUACACCCAGUUUGAUGACAUUAUUGACCAUUACGACGUGUACAAGGUGGAAACUAUUGGAGACGCAUAUAUGGUAGUAUCUGGUGUACCUAAGGAAAACGGUACAAGGCAUGUGUCAGAGAUUGCAAGUAUGGCGUUGGAUCUCGUCGGUGUUUGCCACUCUUUCCAGAUCCCUCAUUUACCAGACACUAAGUUGAAGAUCCGUGUGGGAAUACAUUCAGGUCCUGUAGUGGCU